UUAUAUUAUACAAUCGCAAAGAGGGAAGAAUAAAUUAGUUUGGAAGGGUUUUGAAUAUAAUGAAGAAGGAAAAUUUAAAAAUGGAAAUAUACAUUACAUAUGUAAUAAAAGAAAUUGUGGAGGGCGAGUUAAAUAUGAAUAUAAAGAAAAUAACUACAUACAGACAAGAAAACAUAAUCCACAAUACCAUAAUGGAGGAGAAGGUAAAUAUUUUUGUAAAUUUAUAAA